CUCACAAGUUAGGAUAACAAUCAAGCCAGUGGAGGUAAAGGAUUUAUUGACAUAUUGUGUAUAUGUCUUCAACCUGAACAUAGAAUAUAACAUAAUUGUUCAUGAUGAUGGAGAACUCACUUGUGAAAAGCUACUUUUGUUAAAAUACCUGUUGCGUUUGGCGGUUUGAUAUCAGUUUGUCAGGUUGUCUCUGGAUUUUAAUGCGUGGAUGUUGCUCAUUUGGACAUGAAAAUUAUUUCAGAGCAUCAAAUGAUGGAUAAAUCAAUAAGAAUCCAUAAUACAUCCAACGGGAAGCCGACCAUUCCAAAGAAACCUGAACUCCCACCAAAACCAAUUCUCAAUGCUUUACUCCAGCCAAGCCCCAUUGGUUCCACUGGAAGAGUGGGCACUCCAGAGCCAAGGACGGGCAAGCAAAUGGCAGUAAACAGCAACAGAAAGGGAGGACACUCUAAUGGUUUGAGCCAAGAUGGAAGGUCUUUGGUGGGUAAAGCAAGAUUUAAAUGCACAACCAUCAUAGAAGACCAAUUACAGGAUAUACCUUCAUUCUCAACAGUAAGAGAAAGUAAUGAAAAAGAGAUUACGAAGGAAAAUAAUCACCAGCUGGCAAUUGACCAUGUGGACAUGGGUCGAUCAGCUCCUGACGGUAGUGAAGUGAAUAUCUCAGUGACUAUGGAAAAUCAUCAGGGCUCAACAGCGCCAUCAAUCCCUUCAGAGGAGAAACACUGUCACUGCAUCUGCCACCUACACAGACCUGGCAUGAAACUGGUCUGGGUGCCUCUACAGGUGGAUGAAAAAAACAGCAUGGAUACUGUGAGCAAAAAGACAAAUAAUGAAUUUCGAAACAGGGGAAGUCAAAGAAAUGAGUUUCCAAGAAAGAAUGAUAUUUUAAACCAAACCAGCAAUGAAGAAAGUAGGACACAUAGAAAUCCAUCUCAGCACCUCAAAGCACAAACAUUACCUCCUUGUUUAAAUUGCCAAAGCUUUUUACUUCACCACAGCCCUCAUAAAUUAGCUUACAAUGGGUUAGUGUUUGAUGAUGAGUCAUUUCAAAAAACCUCAACCCCCCCUGUACCAGAAAAGACAUAUCACUCAUCUCAAAAUAACAAGCAUUACGCACAGAUUGAACAAACCGAUGAUCAUAUAUACUUGGAUCUUCUGCCAUCGAUUGAGAAUGCUCCCGCUGUGCCCCCUCGACCUCCACCACGGCCAGUGCUCAAGCCGAAGAGAGAGCGACGGUCUACUCAGGCAGCACUGGCUUAUGUUGUUUCUCCUAAAGGAGGAUAUCGGCCAAUCAGAAACAGCAUCAACUGUGAGGCUAAAAGAUUUUCUGGCCCCAUAUCUAAGCCAAACCUAUCAGAUGCAAGCAAUAAGAAUGGUGAUUCCGAAGACUGGGAGGCUAUUGACAAGAAAGAGCUGUGUAACAAUACAGAAAGCCCACGGAGGAUUUCUAGUGACUGGGAACCAAACAAUGACUAUGAACCUCUAUAUCAGAUCUACCAGGCGAAGGUCUUUGAAGAAGCAAGUCAGAUGCAGACUGAAAGUCCUGAUUGUAACAGGAGGAGUGUUAGUGAAACUCUGGGUCUUGAAGGGCAUGGAGGACUGGGCACCCGAUCCAAAAGAGGCCCUGAAGAGAGUACACUAUGGCAGGACUUACCGGUGGUGAAGGAAAGCGGAAUGUUGCAGAAACUCUCUCGCACUGAAAGACAUAGACAGGAGAGCAUGUUUGAGGUGCUGACCUCAGAGGCCUCCUAUCUGCGCUCCCUGCGAGUUCUAAAGGAUCACUUCCUGGGUUCACGGGAACUCAACGAUACUCUGGUCAUCCACGAUAAGAAGGCCCUCUUCUCCAACAUCCUGCAGGUUUAUGAGGUCAGCGAGAGGUUUAUAGGUGAUCUGCUGAAACGAGUGGACGAGAGUGUGGUGAUAUCUGACGUGUGUGACAUCAUUUAUGAGCACUCAGAGAAGUAUUUCCACAUCUUCACUGACUAUGUCCGAAAUCAGCAGUACCAAGAGAAGACCUACAGCAGACUAAUGGAGAGUAACAGAGAUUUUUUAGUUGUGAUGAGGCGUCUGGAGUUGUCUACUCUCUGCAACCGGCUGCCCUUCACAUCCUUCUUGCUUCUACCCUUCCAGCGAAUCACACGCAUUAAAAUACUUUUACAGAAUAUUUUAAAGAGGACUGCGAAGGACACUAAAGAGGAACAAACUGCUUCCAGUGCCCUGGCUUCAGUGUCUGAGCUCAUCAGACAGGCGAACACACAGGUGGGGCAGAUAAAACAGAUAGAGGAGCUGAUAGACAUCUCUAACAUGCUGGAGUUUGAUAAGCUCAAGGCCAUUCCUAUUGUCUCUAAAACACGCUGUCUAGAGAAACGGGGAGAACUACAAGAGCUGAGUAAAAGAGCGUCUCUUUUCAGCAUCCGUAACAAAUACACCCCUGUGUACAUGUUCCUCUUCAAUGAUCUCCUCAUAAUCACCACUAAAAAGAGCAAUCCAGAACGGUUUGUGGUGAUCGAUCACGCCCAUCGCUCUCUGGUCCAGGUGCAGGUGCCAGAGGCCGGGCCUGGGCCAAACCUGGAUCACUCUUUCUGUCUGACACUCUUGGAAAACCAUCGGGGUAACACCUGUGAACGGCUGCUCAAGGCCAACACAGAGUCAGAUAUGCAUAGGUGGAUAGCUGCAUUCCCCUCCAUCAAUGAACCUCUUGGAGAGGAGAAAAUUUAUGAGGACUGGGACUGCCCUCAGGUGCAGUGCAUCAGUCCAUACAUAGCAAAACAGGCAGAUGAGCUUAGCUUGGAACCUCAUGAUGUCAUCAAUGUACUGCGCAAAACCAGUGAAGGUUGGAAUGAAGGCAUGCGUCUCUCCGACAGAAAGAGGGGUUGGUUUCCAGCAGAGAAUGCAUUAGAAGUGACCACCGAUCACCAGAGACGACGCAAUGUGAGAGAACAGUACAAGAUUGCACAAGCAACCAAUGAAAACAGCCUAAGUGACCCUUACUGAAUUGACCUAUAAAAAUCCAUUGAUGGAAACUGAACUAAAAAGGCAGAGGACUGAUGAAAGUAGUUUGUUUUAGGACAAGUCUAUCCAAUCUACCUGAACGGGGGAAGACCAAAAUCUCUAUCUAUUGGACAAGAGAUUAAUCAAAUGACAUUUCAAAUCAGUAAUAAAAUCUUACAACAGUGGGAUCAAAAAUUGUGCUCCUUUAGCUCAAAUUCUGCAAAUACUUUUUUUCAGGCUGGUCUGGCUAAUGAGCAUGUGCAUCCUUAAUAAUGUUUUACUCUGAUCUUAAAAAGGUGAUUGGCUCCUUUAACUAUAAAGGCGGAACUUAUUUAGCAUUACAAUUUCUCCCAUUCACACACAUAUGAGUCUCUCUCUCAUAUAAUGUCUCUGGUAGUAGUAUUACCUAAAAUAAUCUUAGAAAAAUCCCAAGAAUUUAUAAAUCUUUUAAAAAUGAAUCAAGAUUUAAAAUAAAAAAGGAAGCCUGGAUUGUGCAUCAAAAUGAAAAGCCUUUAUUGGACAGAUCUGUUGUGUCGUCAUGCUUGGAGGUGACUAACAGGACAAGCCCAUCCAUUGUGCUGUCAGGCUCCACCUUCAGCUCUGUAGGCAAGGUUUCUGUUGCUACAUUUUGAAUUAAUACAUAAGACUUUGGUUAACACCUUUCUGAUGUUCAUUCCAGAUCCACCCACAAAGCCUUUCUUUAAAUCAUAAAAAAAAAAGAAAGAAAAGUUUAGACAUCACCAUUACCUUUUAAGAGUGUCAUCCACCAGCUGGCAAUGAGUAGAUUUUUUGAUCUACAGGAUUAAAGCAUAUGCAAAACAAAAACAAUAUAUAAUUAGGCAUGUAUACAGUGUAAAUCCCCUGUAUUUAUAAGGAAUACAUUAUCACUUUUAAUCCAUAAUUGUGUGUAUAUAUUUUAUACGCAAGGAUACAAGGACAACUAUAUUAGACAAACACACUACUGUUUAAAAGUUUGGAAACACCAAUGCCAUAAUUGUGCUAGCUUAAAUUUAAGUAAUGCUGGAAAUUAAUAUUAUGGUUUGAAAUAACACACAUUUUAAAAAUUACAUUUUUAACAGUGACAUCAAGGCCACAUUUUCAACAGUCAUUUCUCCAGUGCAUUUCUCUAAGAAAAUAAGGUCUCAUCUUUAUUCCAAUCACAUAAUUAUUCUAAUACGCAAAUUUUGUAGUAAAAAAAAAACUAAAAAAAAGUUAUGUUAGAACAAUUAAAUGGUUGUGCUACUUAAGUAUGGACAUAUGACCCAUCAAUUUACCCUUUCAAAUCAAAUUUUGUUUUUCAAAAUUAAUCAGUCCACCGUUCUUUUGAGCGAUGAAAGUUAUUUCAUUCACUACCGUCUUAACAGAAAUCAAACUGGAUCUAACUGGGAUAGAGGGGGAGGUUGGCCAAGAUGCACAACAACAAAAUGAUAUGUAAAUCAGAGACUCUAGUUUGAGAAACAGACCCUUCUCACAGGACCAUGUUUCAAUGAACAGUACAUGCCAAACACCAGUUUAAACUGCAGCAGUGAAAAGACUCUGGAAUGUUGGCAUUUUAGGCAGGCAUUCAAAGAAUUAGCCUCAUCUGAAACUGAUAAAAAGGUCGAAUUUGAAGAUUAUGCGCAAAAGAACUUAAAAAUUGAGCGAUACAUAGAAAUCAGUAUUCUGGAUGGAUCAAUCAAAGUUUGAGUGUUGGCGUCAAGUCUUUAUUAGAUAAGCUUGGUUGGAAAAUCCAUGAGAAGUGAUCCCUACAAGCCAAAGCCAUCUUUGAGAAGUGCUGCAGAAAGUAUGUAAACAAACUUCACCUGAAGAUCUAGAAUAAACUGACUCCUGAAAAGCCUAAAAGGUGUCAUUGCUGCAAGUGGACGAUUCUUGGAUGAACAGAGUUUGAAGUAUACAGCAUUUAUUAAAAUAAAAAGUAAAAUGUUGAUCAAUUUAAAAUAUCCUUUUUGAAUUAUAUGUUUAGGUUUGUGAAAGGAAAUUCUGUAUUUUAUAUUG